AUGCCUCGCUCUUAUUUCACCUUGACUUGGAAUAAAUUUUUUUCGCAACCAUUUCAUUUCUUCCACAGCGAAUUGCCUUUCUUCAGCGACACAGUAGCAGCAUCUGCAGCUAACCCAUCAGCCGGCAAGGGUGGAGCCAAAUCAAAGAAGAAGUGGUCCAAGGGCAAGGUCAAGGACAAGGCUCAAAACGCUGUUGUCCUCGACAGACCAACUUACGAUAGAAUCCUCAAGGAAGUCCCAACUUUCAAGAUGAUUUCUCAAUCCACCCUCAUUGACCGUAUGAAGAUCAACGGCUCUCUUGCCCGUAUCGCCAUCCGCCACCUUCACAGAGAGGGAGCUAUCCGUCAAAUUGUUCACCACAACGGUCAAUACAUCUACACUCGUGGUAGCCAGAACUAA